GAGAACUUGAGGAAACUGCUACCUAGUAAAAAAUCCACACCCUCAAAGAGGAAGAGAACAAACAGAAUGACACAAUAAAAACUGCGAAUUUAUUAACAGUAUACAUUUUCCUUUUCUUAGCCGUUGAAUUUAUCUUCUUUUCACAUUUCGGUUCGGUUUUUUUCCCUUUUGUCUACGUUUUUUUGUUUUUCUCAAAACUCCCUCCCCGUGUGAUGAGAGACCCUGUCUUCGGUCCCCAUUAGGAACAUCGUGUUAUUUGCAUCGGUUCCUCACCGACCCUUUUUUGAGGCUUUAGCCCAGCCAGCCUGCCCUGUUUUUCCUUUUUUUCUUUCCUCCCUCAAUUUGCCAAUUCAUUCCAGAAAUUUUCCUCUGCCAUAUUCUUUUUCAUUAAUCUUCCUCAUAAAAAUCCAGUCUUUGGACCGUUUCACCUCAUGAAAAUCAAUUCUUGAUGGUACCUUUCUGAAAUUUGAGCUUCCUUAGUGCAUGUCUUUGUUUUUUUUUUUUUUUUGGGUUUCUUUUGUGAUAAGUAAUUGGUCAAUUACUGGGAUUUCCAGGAAUUCUGUUUUAAUAUGGUUGCGGAUCUAAUUAGGAGAAAAGGGUCGGUGGUUGUGGUAGCCUUGUUGGCUAUAUUGGUUUUAAAUGUAGGUGUUUCGGUGGUAAAAGGGAAUGAAAAGGUUGUUUUUGAGGUGCAACAUAAGUUUAAAGGGUCAAACGGUGGCAAUGGAAGAGAUGGGUCUCUGUUAACUUCACUUAAGGCACAUGAUAACUAUCGCCAUGGAAGGAUGCUUGCCGCCAUUGACCUCCCUUUGGGUGGAAACGGCUCUCCUACAGAUGCAGCGCUUUAUUUUACUAAGCUUUCGAUCGGGACUCCUCCUCAGGAUUACUAUGUACAGGUGGACACGGGAAGUGACAUUCUCUGGGUAAAUUGUGUUGGCUGUGACAAGUGUCCGAAGAAAAGCAGUCUUGGAAUAGACUUGACGCUUUAUGACAUGAAGUCCUCCAGCACAGCAAAAUCGGUCACUUGUGAUCAGGACUUCUGCCUUUCUGCAUUUAAUGCCCCAUCCUCCGAUUGUAAGGUCGGUUUCCCCUGUGAAUAUUCUGUCACCUAUGGAGAUGGAAGCACAACUGGCGGAUAUUUUGUGAGAGAUUAUGCUAACUUUAAUCAAGUGUCAGGAAAUCUUCAAACAAGUUCCAUGAACGGGACUAUAGUGUUUGGGUGCUCAUCUCAACAAUCUGGAGAGCUGGGCUCCUCUACUGAAGCAGUUGAUGGGAUAGUUGGUUUUGGACAAGCAAAUUCAUCAAUUAUUUCACAGCUUGCUUCGACCGGGAAGGUUAAGAAAGUAUUCUCACAUUGCUUGGAUGGCAUAAAUGGAGGUGGUAUUUUUGCUAUUGGACAAGUAGUGCAGCCAAAAUUGAAAACCACGCCAUUGAUCCCAAAUGAGCCGCAUUAUAAUGUGAUGAUGAAAGCAAUAGAGGUGGGUGGUGAAGUUCUAGACCUUUCAACAGAGGCUUCUGGAGACGGAUCUGGAAGUAGUUCAAUUAUUGAUAGUGGUACAACCUUGGCAUAUCUUCCCAAUGAUAUUUAUACACCAUUUAUGGCGAAGGUUAUGGCAUCUCAACCUGGCUUAAAAACUCAUACAGUUGAGGGCUCAUUCAAGUGUUUUGUCUAUUCUGGAAAUGUUGAUGAUGGAUUCCCAGUUGUUACUCUUCACUUUGAGGAUUCACUAUCUCUGACAGUUUAUCCCCACGAAUAUCUCUUUGCUCUUAAUGAUAAUCAGUGGUGCAUUGGUUGGCAGAACAAGGGCAUGCAGACAAAAGAUGGAAGGGAAGUGACUCUUCUGGGAGAUCUUGUACUCUCAAACAAGCUUGUUGUGUAUGAUCUUGAAAAUCAAACAAUCGGAUGGGCUGAAUAUAACUGCUCUUCAAGCAUCAAAGUGAAGGAUGACAAGUCUGGGAAUGUAUAUAGUGUUGGUUAUCAUGAUCUUUCCUCUGCUUGUGACUUGAGUGUGGGAAAGCUUUUAAGAUUCUUGUUGUUGAUCGCCGUCUUGCUAUUCUAUCCUAGUUGA